GAUGAGGCAUAUUAUGAGCGACGUCGAAAGAAUAACGAUGCAGCGAAAAGGUCAAGAGAUGCAAGGCGCCAGAAGGAAGAAGCUGUUGCUGCAAGAGCUGCAUUUCUGGAGCAGGAAAAUAUCCAGCUUCGUAGCCAAGUUGUUCUACUAAAAAACGAGACUGCAAAACUGCAGCUGAUGUUAUUCUCAAAACCAGAACUGAUUGAUUCAAAAGUGCUAGCAAUAAGCCAACUCGAUCCUGUAAAACAAGUUCAGCCGCAGCAGCAGCAAAAAGCAAAGGAAGAGCAGCCGGAGUUGCACCGCGGUGAAGCUGAGGAGCCUGGAGUGGAGCGCUGA